CUGAACGUUGGAUUACAGACCUACCACUUCCCCCCGCCCCCACUUAAGGUUGCGCCCGUACGGAGUCCGCUGGCGCUUGGUUUUUGCGCGACCCGGCAGACGUCUCUCUGACCGUGUGCCUGCUGCGCUCCUGCUGGGAUCUGGAGGAGGAGGAGAGGAAGGAGGAGUGGAAGGAGGUGUGGAGGGGGGCGGCUGUUUUGAAUGGGGUGCGGGGAAGGCAGUGGAAUCGGGACAGAAACCAUGCUACUCUGCUGGGGCUAAGCUGCUGCUGGAGACCCCAAGGUGGACCGGAGCCUCCCCCAGAAUCGGCUCUCUCUCCUGGGGACCCUCGCUCUGGACUCCCUGCUCCACUUCCUCUGCCCCACUCUGCAUUUUUAUCUCCGUAUCUCCCACCUUGUUUGGGGGGCGUGUGCGCUCUCUCCGCGUGAGCUGCUCGGCACCGAACCAUGGAGCUGCAGCGGGCGGCCAGCGUGUCGGGGCCCCUGUCUCCUGGGCCAGGACCCAGCCCCGUUCUGGGCUACGCUGCCCAGGCGACUUUCAACUACAACCAGCUGGAGGGCCGCUUCAAGCAGCUGCAAGAUGAGCGAGAGGCCGUGCAGAAGAAGACCUUCACCAAAUGGGUGAACUCGCACCUGGCUCGCGUGUCCUGCCGCAUCACAGACCUCUACAUGGACCUCCGCGAUGGCCGCAUGCUCAUAAAGCUGCUGGAAGUCCUGUCCGGGGAGAGACUGCCGAAGCCCACCAAAGGCCGCAUGCGCAUCCACUGCCUGGAGAAUGUGGACAAGGCGCUGCAGUUCCUAAAGGAGCAGAGGGUGCACCUGGAGAACAUGGGCUCCCAUGACAUCGUCGACGGCAACCACCGCCUCACGUUGGGCCUCAUCUGGACCAUCAUCCUCCGCUUCCAGAUCCAGGACAUCAGUGUGGAGACCGAGGACAACAAAGAGAAGAAGUCUGCCAAGGAUGCCCUGCUCCUGUGGUGCCAGAUGAAGACUGCCGGGUAUCCCAACGUAAACAUCCACAACUUCACCACGAGCUGGAGGGAUGGCAUGGCCUUCAAUGCUCUCAUCCACAAACACAGACCGGACCUGAUCGACUUCGACAAGCUGAAGAAGUCCAACGCCCAUUACAACCUCCAGAAUGCCUUUAACUUGGCUGAGCAGCAUCUGGGCCUCACCAAGCUGUUGGACCCCGAGGAUAUCAGCGUGGACCACCCCGACGAGAAGUCUAUCAUCACCUACGUGGUGACAUACUACCACUACUUCUCCAAGAUGAAGGCCCUGAAAGUGGAGGGCAAGCGGAUAGGGAAGGUGCUGGACAACGCCAUCGAGACUGAGAAGAUGAUCGAGAAAUACGAGUCGCUGGCCUCGGACCUGCUGGAGUGGAUCGAGCAGACCAUCAUCAUCCUCAACAACCGCAAGUUCGCUAACUCCCUGGUGGGGGUACAGCAACAGCUGCAGGCCUUCAACACGUACCGCACCGUGGAAAAGCCCCCCAAGUUCACGGAGAAGGGAAACCUUGAGGUGCUACUCUUUACCAUCCAAAGUAAGAUGAGAGCCAACAACCAGAAGGUCUACAUGCCACGAGAGGGCAAGCUCAUCUCCGACAUCAACAAAGCUUGGGAGCGGCUGGAGAAGGCCGAGCACGAGCGGGAGCUGGCCCUGCGCACCGAGUUGAUCCGGCAGGAGAAGCUGGAACAGCUGGCCCGCCGUUUUGACCGCAAGGCGGCCAUGAGGGAGACCUGGCUGAGCGAGAACCAGCGGCUCGUCUCGCAGGACAACUUUGGCUUUGACCUGCAGGCAGUGGAAGCUGCCACCAAGAAGCAUGAGGCCAUUGAGACGGACAUCGCGGCGUACGAGGAGCGCGUGCAGGCGGUUUUGGCUGUCGCCCGCGAGCUGGAGGCGGAGAACUACCACGACAUCAAGCGCAUCACGGCACGCAAGGACAACGUGAUCAGGCUGUGGGAGUACCUACUGGAGCUGCUGCGGGCUCGUCGGGGCCGACUGGAGAUGAACCUGGGCCUGCAGAAGGUCUUCCAGGAGAUGCUCUACAUCAUGGACUGGAUGGACGAGAUGAAGAUGCUGCUACUCUCACAAGACUACGGGAAGCAUCUGCUGGGCGUGGAGGACCUGCUGCAGAAGCACGCCCUGGUGGAGGCCGACAUCGGCAUCCAGGCCGACCGCGUCAAGACCGUCAACGCCAACGCGCAGAAGUUCGCCUUGGACACGGAGGGCUACAAGCCGUGUGACCCACAGGUGAUCCGGGACCGCGUGGCCCACAUGGAGUUCUGCUACCAGGAGCUGACCCAGCUGGCAGCGGAGCGCCGGGCACGGCUGGAAGAGUCCCGGCGCCUCUGGAAGUUCUUCUGGGAGAUGGCAGAGGAGGAGGGCUGGAUGCGGGAGAAGGAGCAGAUCCUGUCGUCGGAGGACUGCGGCAAAGACCUGACGGCGGCUAUCCGGCUGCUGAGCAAACACCGCGCCUUCGAGGAUGAGAUGAGCGGGCGGAGCGGGCGGCUGCAGCAGACAGUCCGCGAGGGCGAGGCCAUGGUGGAGGCGCAGCACUUUGGCAGCGACAAGAUCCGCGAGCGCACCAACGACAUCCGCGAGCAGUGGGCCGCGCUGGGCCGCCUGGCCGCAGUGCGCCGUACUCGCCUGGAGGAGGCGCUCAGCCUGCACCAGUUCCAGGCUGAUGCCGACGACAUCGAUACCUGGAUGCUGGACGUGCUACGCAUCGUUUCCAGUGCCGACGUGGGCCACGAUGAGUUCUCCACGCAGGCACUCGUCAAGAAGCACAAGGACGUGGCGGAGGAGACUACCAGCUACCGGCCCAUCAUUGACGCCCUGCGGGAGCAGUCGCACACGCUGCCCGGCGAGCACAGCCAGUCCGAGGAGGUGCAGAGCCGGCUGGCCGGCAUUGAGGAGCGCUACCGCGAGGUGGCCGAGCUCACGCGCCUCCGCAAGCAGGCCCUGCAGGAUGCCCUCGCCCUUUACAAGAUGUCCAGCGAGGCGGACGCCUGCGAGCUGUGGAUCGAUGAGAAGGAGCAGUGGCUGAACAGCAUGCAGAUUCCCGAGAAGCUGGAAGACCUGGAGGUCAUCCAGCACAGGUUCGAGAGCCUGGAGCCAGAGAUGAACAACCAGGCUUCACGAGUUGCCGUCGUCAACCAGAUUGCCAGGCAGCUCGUGCACAGCGGACACCCCGGGGAGAAGGAGAUCAAAGCCCGGCAGGAUAAGCUGAACACCAGGUGGAGCCAAUUCCGGGAUCUAGUGGACCUGAAGAAGGAUGCCCUCAACUCUGCUUUGGGGGUGCAGAACUACCACCUGGAAUGCAACGAGACCAAGUCAUGGAUCCGCGAGAAGACCAAGGUGAUCGAGUCCACCCAGGAGCUGGGGAAUGACCUGGCUGGCGUCAUGGCCCUGCAGCGCAAACUGACAGGCAUGGAGCGCGACCUGGUCGCCAUCGAGGACAAGCUGGGCGACCUGCAGAAGGAGGCGGAGAGGCUGGCGGCUGAGCACCCAGACCAGGCCCAGGCCAUCAUGGGCCGACUGGCAGAGAUCACCAGCGUGUGGGAGGAGAUGAAGACCACACUGAGGAACCGGGAGGAGUCGCUCGGCGAGGCCAGCAAGCUGCAGCAGUUCCUGCGUGAUCUGGAUGACUUCCAGUCCUGGCUGUCCCGCACGCAGACUGCCAUCGCCUCAGAGGACAUGCCCAACACGCUGGCGGAGGCCGAGAAGCUGCUCACCCAACAUGAGAACAUCAAGAACGAGAUCAACAACUACGAAGAGGACUACCAGAAGAUGCGUGACAUGGGCGAGAUGGUGACCCAGGGCCAGACAGAUGCCCAAUACAUGUUCCUGCGGCAGAGGCUGCAGGCCCUGGACACCGGCUGGAAUGAGCUUCACAAGAUGUGGGAGAACCGGCAGAGCCUGCUGUCCCAGUCCCAUGCCUACCAGCUGUUCCUGAGGGACACCAAGCAGGCAGAGGCCUUCCUCAACAACCAGGAGUACGUCCUGGCCCACACGGAGAUGCCCACCACCCUGGAGGCUGCCGAGGGGGCAAUUAAGCAGCAGGAGGACUUCAUGACCACCAUGGACGCCAAUGAGGAGAAGAUCAACGCAGUGGUGGAGACGGGGAGGCGGCUGGUGAGCGACGGCAACAUCAACUCAGAGCGCAUCCAGGAGAGGGUGGACUCCAUCGAUGACAGGCACAAGAAGAACCGGGAAGCAGCCAGCGAGCUUCUAAUGAGGCUGAAGGACAAUCGGGAUCUGCAGAAGUUUCUGCAGGACUGCCAGGAGCUGUCCCUCUGGAUCAACGAGAAGAUGUUGACCGCCCAGGACAUGUCCUAUGACGAGGCCAGGAACCUGCACAGCAAGUGGCUGAAACACCAGGCCUUCAUGGCGGAGCUGCAGUCCAACAAGGAGUGGCUGGACAAGAUUGAGAAGGACGGGACGCAGCUGGUGGCGGAGAAGCCGGAGACAGAGGCGGUGGUGAAGGAGAAGCUGUCGGCUCUGCACUCCAUGUGGAAUGACCUGGAGUCCACCACACAAACCAAGGCGCAGUGCCUCUUCGACGCCAACAAGGCGGAGCUCUUCAGCCAGAGCUGCGCUGACCUGGACAAGUGGCUGGUGGGCCUGGAAGGUCAGAUCCACUCGGACGACUACGGCAAGGACCUGACCAGCGUCAACAUCCUGCUGAAGAAGCAGCAGAUGCUGGAGAACCAGGUGGAGGUGCGCAGGAAGGAGGUGGAGGAGCUGCAAAGCCAGGCCCAGGCGCUUAGCCAGGAGGGCAAGGACUCUGACGAGGUGGACGGACGCAGGCGCGGCGUGGAGCACAAGUUCCAGAAGAUGCUGGACCCACUGCACAAGAGGAAGGACAACCUCAUGGCCUCCAAGGAGAUCCACCAGUUCAACCGUGAUGUGGAGGACGAGAUCCUCUGGGUCGAGGAGCGGAUGCCGCUGGCCACCUCCACAGACCAUGGCCACAACCUGCAGACCGUACAGCUGCUCAUUAAAAAGAACCAGACCCUGCAGAAGGAGGUGCAGGGCCACCAACCGCGCUUCAACGACAUCUUUGAGAGGAGCCAGAGCAUCCUGAAGGACGACAGCCCCACUGCGGAAGCCAUCCGACAGCGCCUGGCCGACCUACGGCAGCUCUGGGACCAGAUGAUCCAGGAGACGGAGAAGAGGCACUCCCGCCUGGAGGAGGCCCACAAGGCCCAGCAGUACUACUUUGAUGCUGCCGAGGCGGAAGCCUGGAUGAGCGAGCAGGAGCUGUACAUGAUGUCCGAGGAGAAGGCCAAGGACGAGCAGAGUGCGGUGGCCAUGCUGAAAAAGCACCAGAUCUUGGAGCAGGCUGUAGAGGACUACGCCGAGACCGUCCACCAGCUCUCCAAGACCAGCCGGACCUUGGUUGCUGCAGGCCACCCUGAAAGUGAACGGAUAAACAUGCGCCAGUCCCAGGUCGACAAGUUGUACGCCGGCCUGAAGGACCUGUCUGAGGAACGGAGAGGGAAGCUGGACGAGAGGUUCCGGCUCUUCCAGCUCAACCGUGAAGUGGAUGACUUGGAGCAGUGGAUUGCCGAGCGGGAGGUGGUGGCUGGCUCCCACGAGCUGGGCCAGGACUACGAGCACGUUACGAUGCUCCAAGAACGUUUCCGGGAGUUUGCCCGAGACACGGGCAACAUCGGGCAGGAGCGUGUAGACGCUGUCAACCAGAUGGCGGAUGACCUGAUCAACUCGGGCCACUCGGACGCGGCUACGAUCGCAGAGUGGAAGGAUGGGCUGAACGAGGCCUGGGCCGACCUUCUAGAGCUGAUCGACACGCGCACGCAGAUCCUGGCCGCCUCCUAUGAGCUGCACAAGUUCUACCAUGAUGCUAAGGAGAUCCUGGGCCGAAUCCUGGACAAGCACAAGAAGCUGCCAGAGGAACUUGGUCGUGACCAGAACACGGUGGAGACCCUGCAGAGGAUGCAUACCACCUUUGAGCAUGACAUCCAGGCUUUGGGGACGCAGGUGAGGCAACUGCAAGAAGAUGCGGUCCGCCUCCAGUCGGCCUACGCCGGAGACAAGGCUGAUGACAUUCAGAAGAGAGAGAGCGAGGUCCUGGAGACCUGGAAGAGCCUGCUGGAGGCGUGUGAGGGACGCAGAGUGCGGUUGCUCGACACGGGGGACAAGUUCCGCUUCUUCAGCAUGGUUCGAGACCUCAUGCUCUGGAUGGAGGAUGUGAUCCGCCUCAUCGAGGCCCAGGAGAAGCCCAGGGACGUGUCGUCAGUGGAGCUGCUGAUGAACAACCACCAAGGCAUCAAGGCUGAGAUAGACGCCCGCAAUGACAGCUUCACCACCUGCAUCGAGCUGGGCAAGGCCCUCCUGGCAAGGAAGCACUAUGCAUCGGAGGAGAUUAAAGAGAAGUUGGUACAGCUGACGGACAAGAGGAAAGACAUGAUUGACAAGUGGGAGGACAGAUGGGAGUGGCUGAGAUUGGUGCUGGAGGUGCACCAGUUCUCGCGGGACGCCGGAGUGGCCGAGGCCUGGCUGCUGGCCCAGGAGCCGUACCUGUCGAGCCGGGAGAUGGGCCAGAGCGUGGACGAGGUGGAGAAGCUCAUCAAGAGGCACGAGGCCUUCGAGAAGUCGGCCGCCACAUGGGAGGAGCGCUUCUCGGCGCUGGAGAGGCUGACGACGAUGGAGUUGUUGGAAGUGAGAAGACAGCAAGAGGAAGAAGAGAGGAGGAGGCAGCCCGUGUCCCCGGAGGCUCUGCCUGCACCCGACUCAGACUCACAACAGCGGGAAGGUGAGCAGGCCUCCCAGAACGGGCUGCCCUCGGACCAGGAUUCCCCACGGGAUGGCGUGGACGGUGCCGACAUGGUGAACGGCGUGGCGGAGCGUAGCUCGAAGGAACCCAGCCCAGCCCCCUCCCCCUCCACCGAGCGCAAGGGCAGGAGCGGGCAGGCCGCCACGCUGCCGGGCAAGGCCCAGGGCUCUCCAUCCGCCCAGAUGGAGGGCUUCCUGCAUCGCAAGCAUGAGUGGGAGGGUCACAAUAAGAAGGCAUCCAGUAGGUCUUGGCACAACGUUUACUGCGUGAUAAACAACCAGGAGAUGGGCUUCUACAAGGACAGCAAGACGGCCAGCCAGGGGAUCCCGUACCACAGCGAGAUCCCCGUCAGCCUGAAGGAUGCCGUCUGUGAGGUGGCGCUCGAUUACAAGAAGAAGAAGCAUGUCUUCAAGCUCAGAAUUUCUGAUGGGAAUGAGUAUCUCUUCCAAGCCAAAGACGAUGAGGAGAUGAACACGUGGAUCCAGGCCAUCACGAGUGCCGUGACCUCAGCGGUGACCUCCGACGUGACCCCCAGCAGUCAGAGCACCCCGGCCUCCAGCCGAGCCCAGACGCUGCCCACGGGAGUCUCGCUGGCCACCGAGUCCAGCCCGGGCAAGAAGGAGAAGGAGAAAGAGAAGGAAAAGGAGAAGGAAAAGGAGAAGGAGAAACGCUUCAGCCUGUUCAGCAAGAAGAAAUAGAGCCAGCACCCACCCCCCCCACCACCAUUCACAGGGUCAUUGCUUACCUAAACUCCAGUGAAAUUCCAGCAUGCAAGCUCUGAAUCACAAUCCCACACUUUGUGCCUCUACCGUACCAAUUGGUUUUAGAAGUUACAGCGUUUCCUGAAAACGUACCGGGAAAGGAAACUCAUCAAAAAACAAAAAGGGUCAUUAAGCUCUAGGGUGUGAGAGUCCUGGGCAGCUUCCGUCAGACAGGAUCAGGCAGGACCAGGGUUAGCAUUUUUUUUCUUCUUCUUCUUUGAACUUUUUUCCCCUUUGGUUUUGAUUUAUUUUCUUCCCUCCUGUUUGACUCUCUUUGCUCAUUUUUGUAAUUGUCAGUAGUUCCUAGGGGUCUGGAUAUUUAAACAUUUCCUCAAUUUUGUGAGGCUGUCUUGGAAAGACAACUUACAUUUUUUUGCUGUUAGAAAGCAAGGCAGCGGUGCUUUGAAACGAUUCCUUUUCACUCAAACUGUAAAACUGCAGUGGCAAACAUGAACUGUUUAAUUCCAUUUACUAAUGAACUUUCCCCCAGUUAUUGGCUCCAGUUAAGGUAUAUUGUCUAUGCUUAUACUUAGUAUAGUCAUGCAUUAAUUUGGAUACAACCCAAUAAUAACCAAUGUCAGUGUCACCUGUUAGCUAUUUUCUGAGGCUCUUAUGCAGUGAUUGUGACCAGUAAGAAUGUCGGCUGUUAACGAAGGAUAGUAUACGAGUUCAUUUUAAAUCUUAAAUAAUUUUUUUUUUUAUCUUUUUUUGUUAACUUUUGUUGUUGUUCUUGAGUUGCAUUAUAAUGUAUGUUCAAAUUAUUCUAGUCCAGAGUAUAAAAAACUAGAUGUAUUAUAAACAAUUUAAAGCAUUGUUGUUAAGUGGAACAGUGGAAAACCGCGCAUUUACAGGACAAAGUAAUGUUACUCAAACGGCUGCUUGCUUGUUGGCUCUAGCACUGCGUGUUAUCAUUUUUUUGCUACUCUAUCUCGCUAUUUGAUACAUAGUGUGCAUUUCUGUCACUGUAACUAUUGUAAUGAAAGUUUCCAUCUUAUUGCACAAUCAAACGAGGCAGUAGGAAAGAACUCCUUCGCGAUGGCUGGGUCGGUAGGUGCUUAGCGUGCCGCGAGCCCGGCUCUCAGAUGUACGGGACGGCACCUGUAGACUUUUACCCUCUGUUAAAUAUGUGCGAAGUCAUUAAAAUGCUUUUAAAAUUA